AUGUCCGGACAGGCCCACGUUCGGGGUGUCUGGGGUAAUCAAGUCGAGUUCCGUGCACGUUGGAGCACCAAAACUAGUAAAAGCCAGGGUCCGUUUUUGAUUCCGUGCCUGUUUGCCAGGGCUCGUGCAGAUCCGCCUCACUGCGAGCAUGAUGUCCGUUGCAUUUUCGGGCUUCGGUCGGCAGACCUGGUUGCCCAACUACGACCGGAUCCAUUGCAUCCGUGGGAGAAGGCACCUCCGAAACUGCACCUUUGUGGCGUAGCGUGGGCAGAUCUGCGAGCCUCCCCGGUGGUUCAAGGGCCGAUGCCUGCUUCAUCCGAGGCAGUUGUGGCACGCAGCGCUCAGCUCUUCGCACGGACGUGUUGUGCUUCAAUUCUGGUGUCCGCGGUUGCAGCAGCGUGCUUGGCUGCAAUUGCAUGCACGUCCCUUGAGGUCCGCAGGCUGCUGGAAUGCCUGGCCGUUGCCCUCCUAUUUGCCCAUGCCCUCAUGACCUUUGGUAUGCUUCUAUCUUUGUCCACCUGGUGCUCCGUGCGGAUGAAGCCAUGGAUCGCGCAAGUGCUGUUCGUGACGACUGGGGGCGAAGCCGCGAUUUGGCCACACCACCUAGAGGUCUUGCCUGGGCCUGCUGGCGGCUGCUUCGGCUUAGCAGGAUUGCUGAGCUUCGCGGCCGGAUUGCGGCUCAUUGGCGGGCAGGAGACGGUAGAUGGUGCCAAGACCCAGAUCGUGGCCGAGGUCCUGGAGCCUGCGGAGCCCAAGUCCCACGAGCCUGAAAGGCCACGGCCGAGCCAGGACAAGCUUCUUCAGCUUGUGGCGCAAAGACGCGGUGACAUUGUUCGCAAACAGCGGCGAUGGGCCGAUACCCUACUAGUCGGAUGUGCGGGUUGCUUCGCGUUGCUUCUCCUUUCCAGCCUUUGGAUUGUUGGUCAAAAAGCGGUCGAUCUCGGGGUGAAGGAUGCCUUGAACAAGCCAACUUGGAGACGGGGCAGGCAUCCGGGCGGCGUUCCGUGGCGCUCCGAAGAUUACCGAGAGGCUUGGCGUGAUGUGAAAGCUGCCAGUAUAUGCACAGGGAUCCGCACUGCUAUCAAGAUCGAUGACUUUCGCAAAUCGGUGCAGCAACACGCGGAUGAAACCGCUCAGCAGCUGAAGAAGCGGUUCCGAAGUGCACGCGAUCCCAAUGGGCAAGACGACUGA